AUGAAAUUCGCUCAAUUCUUGCCGGCAUGUUUAGUUUUGGCGAUUAUCGGGCGGCUUAUUUUUAAGCUGGUCGUAAUCAAGACACCAUGUCGAAAAAAUGUCGACUUCCAGUGGAACCGGGUAGGCCAUUCUCGUGAGGUUAUCUUAAAUCCAAAAUUAAAAAUUAUUUCUGGUUACGAAGUCGGCAGACUGUUCCUGUAGCGUUUCAAAUCCAACUUUAAGUGCCUCUUUUAGGUCCUGUUUCUCAACGACUCUGAUGUCUCGAACGUUGACUUUACCAGAGAUUCCAUUGAAUGGCCUGAAGACACUAUUCUUCCAAUUGAUAAAUGCAACGUAGAGAGGUUGUAUGUUAUCGUCGUGCAUUCGGCGAUAGGAAAUGCGGACCGCAGGAACCGAUUGAGAGGCAUAAUUGAAAGUCUCGAAGGAGAAGUAAGCUUAUAUGCCUCGAUUAUUGACAAGUUUUUACUGCGUAAUGGAUACCGCGCUUUUCAGAGGCCACACUUAAUCUUUUCGAUUGGACGGACUCGUAACACAACACUCCAAAACGAAGUUGAAAACGAAUCCAAGAUUUUUAAGGACCUGUUACAAACCCAUUCGCUUGACGACUAUCGCUUAUUACCCUCAAAGGCCCACUCGUGGAUUCGCUUCCUUUCGCAAAACUGCACGAAUAAGAUCAAGUUUGUCUUGAAAAUCGACGAUGAUGUCAAUGUGAACUUCAACUUGUUCAAGGAGUUUUUGGAGACAAGAGAAACCCGAAAGCAACAAGUCUUAUGCUCUCCGUUCAAGCAUAUUGCGGAUCGAAGAAAGAAAAGCACAUGGUAGGUGAAUCUUGAAAGUAAUAUCCCCAGAAAAGGAGCGAGUUCAUGUUGUUCCUAAAUUUCAUCGUUACUGGUUUGCAAAGUGCAUAAAAGCCUUUUAGGUAUUUGUCAGAAAAGGAGUUUCGCCAUCGAAAUCUGGGAUACUUCUGCGCCGGCCUAGCGUACAUCAUUUCCGCCGAUCUAUUGCCAAAUAUGCUGCGCAAUUCGGCUUAUCGAAGGGUCGUAUGGGUAAGGGCUUACACGCAUUGUCUUAUUGCUUCGUGCAAAAGUUAUACCAGUUUUCAUUCCAAGUUUUUCCGAGUUGACGUCCCAUUUUUCAGCUUGACGACUGGUACGUAACUCACUCUCUAUUGGUUGGAGAGACGGUUAAAAUAUACGAUAUUUGUAAGCUUUGCGCCAUACUAAAAUUUUUCCAUCAUUCAGCCAGCCUUUAUUUCGUUUCCGAGACGAUUCAAGACGCAUACCGCCAACUGUCGCAGAUCAAAAUGGGCUUGCGACCCAUUCCGAUGUUUUCUCACCUCCGACCAAGGAAGUUCUUUGACCAGCAGCGGCAAAGUUAUCUAUGGGAACAAAGCCAACAGUGCCUCUUACAGCUGGAUGAAGACGAUGAGUUGCUGGAAAGCGAAGCAGAGCAAGCCCGCAAGGCGUCGACUCUGAACAAUAUUUUCAUUGUACAGUGA